AAACUGAAAAUUAAGAUACUAUUUAUGAGAUUUUACCUAAUUAUUGUCAAUGGUCUUUUUUUUUUUUUUUUGGGUAUAUGUAUUAUUAUUAAUGUUUUUGAAUCAUAAACUUGGAAAGAAAAUCAUAAUGGUCUGUUGGUGGAGCCCCGCCGCCUCUUGUAUUGUUUUCACUGCUUUCUUUAUUAUGGUCCAACUUGCGCUACAGACAUAUUUCGCUAAUUUGUUUCUUCUACAAUUGUCAUAAUCCCAUCUCUACUUUCAUGUGAAGUUUGGAUUGAAUCAUUUUGACUCUACAAUACUUCUCCUUCUUCCUCGCUUUAUAAAUCCCAAUUCGGCCGCCUCCUCUCUUCUUCCCCAAGAAUUAUAUUCUCAUCAGCUGCUUCUUCCACUUCACAACUUACCCAAAAAAAAAAUGACUGUAAAAAUUGUCCAUCACUUCCAAAUCUCUCCACCAUUAGCUUCGGUUCCCACAACCUGUCUCCCUCUGACAUUCUUUGACAUGCCAUGGUUUCUUUGCCGUCCUAUGCAACGUCUUUUCUUCUUUGAAUUCCCUUACUCCACUUGUUACUUCAUACACAAUCUUCUCCCCAAUCUCAGCCACUCUCUCUCCCUCACUCUUCAACACUUCUUCCCUCUCUCUGCCAAUCUCAUCUGCCCGCCCCCGCCUCUGCAGCCUUACUUCCUCUUUAAAGAUGGUGACUCCAUCCCCUUCACUGUCGCCGAGUCAUUAGAUGACUUCAUUCAAGUCAUCACCAAUAACCCCAAAGAUGUUAGAGUCCUGCACCCUUAUGUUCCAAAGCUGCCUCCUUCACGUCUUACAUCAGAUGGCACGCGUUCGGUGCCAUUGUUGGCCUUGCAAGUCACUCUCUUUCCUAAUUCUGGAAUUAGCAUCGGUUUUGAGUUUUGCCAUGUUGUUGCUGAUGGCAUGGCUAUUAACCAUUUCAUGAAAUCAUGGGCGUCUCUUUACAGGUCAAGCGGAGACCUCACUUGCCUUCAAAACUCUCUCCCUUCUCAUUACAGGGAUGCAAUCAGGGAUUCUUACAAGCUCGAGUCCAUUUUCUUAAGUGACUUACAUAAUUGGGCAUCAUCUUGGGACUAUAACAUGGGUUCCUCAACAGAAGAACAACUUGCAGACAAGGUUAGAGCUACCUUUGUGGUUGACCAUGUUCAGGUUCAAAAGAUUAAACAUUGGGUCUCAAAUCAAUGUUUGAAGAUGAAUUUAGGGAAACUGCGGAUAUCAACGUUUGUGGUGAUAUGUGCUAUUACGUGGGUUAAUUUGAUCAAGUCACAAGAAGAUGAGGCAAGUCUUGACAGUAAUGAUAAGACUUGCUACUUGGGUUUUGUUGCAGACGGCAGACAGCGUCUUGAAGUUGAGCUGCCAGUCACAUAUUUUGGGAAUUGUCUAGCAAUUUGUUACGCGUCAGCAAAAAGGAGUGAACUUGUUGGAGAAAAUGGAGUUACGGUAGCAGCAAAAGCAAUUGCAAACCAAGUUAAGGAACUUGAGAAUGGAGCUUUAAAAAGGGUAGAGAAAUGGAUGUCAGAUUGGAAAGAAAUAUCAGAAGAGGGAAGGCUAAUUACAAUCUCAGGAUCACCAAAAUUACGUGUUUAUGAUACAGAUUUUGGUUGGGGGAAACCGAAAAUGAGUGAAGUGGUUCAGAUUGAUGUAUCAGGAGCUAUUUCUCUUUCAGAAUGUAGAGAUGGAGGAGGUGGUAUUGAGAUUGGCUUGGCACUCACUAGGACUAACAUGGAUGCCUUCAAUUCUCUGUUUCAACAACAGUUUAAGCAGCUUUGAUUUCGAAGUUAUCCAAGAAGCAGGAGCAAAAGAUAUACAUAAACAAAGAAGAAAGGCAAGAGAUCAUACUGUAGAAGCAUCGAGUGUGAUCAAAACCAAACUCUAUAAACAAUACAACAAUUGGAAUAUUGUUUAUUAUGUUAUUUCAGUCUGUCUUUGCUGUGGAUGCAUGUUAUCAGAGCAUCGACUGUCUAUUGUUUCUUGAAUUAUUCUAACAUAUGCGUUUGGCUAAUCACCACUGUUGAAAAUUCCGAAGAAGACUUGUACUCUUGAUCAAGAGUAGACACAAGUGACAUAAGUAUAGAAGAUAAAGACAUAUUCAUAUAA